UUAAAGUGUUGACUAAUGUGUACUCUUGACUUGACAAAACUCCAUAUUAGUCUGAAAACGAUUUUGGUCAUCUACCAUAUUCAGCUCGACGAAAUGAGUUGAAUAAACUCUUGCGAAUGACCAAUCAGUUGAUAUUAAUAUGAAUAGUUGGCAGUGUAUGCAUCAACAUUAAAUUAAACAUAAUAAUAAAGGGAAUAAAUUAUUAGACGAAAUGUGAUGGAAAUGCAUUGCUAUAUGAUAAUACACGGACUGUAUUUUCUUCUUCUUUUCUUUGCCUUGUUGCAUGUAUGCAGAUUUUAAAGCGAAUAUACCUAUAUCAAAUUUCGCAAUAACAAUACAAUUGUAACAUUUUCAGCAUGAGUACAAAACCCCACUAGAUGGCGCAGUGUGUCGCCUGCUCGAUUCAGUGCAACGAGGAAGCACACAGUUGUCCGAAAUGUCUCAAGAUAUACUGUCCAAGUUGCUACCUCUUGAAACAGAAGCUAGAGGCAUCGACCUGUCGGCGGCGAAAUUGUAAUUGCUCACAGUUCAUCGCUCUAAAGACGAAUGGCCAUGACAAUAGUCCGUCAAGCGAGCAGAUCAGACAGGAUAAAAGACAAGUCCAAGUGACAGAUGAAGUAUCAAAGACAAAUAGUACUGGCAAUAUUGACAACAAUUGGGAAUUCACCGGACAAGCCCUUAAAUAUGAUACCAUCCCAGAAAAGCCCAAACGAAUGCAGACAACGGCAACCAAUGCCAGUAUAAAUCCGGCAUUGUCACAACGAAAGGCCAGUAAAGCACAUGCAAGAGAGGCUCCGAUACCAUCGGGGACCAAUACACCUGCAAGACAAUGGACGGAGAGUGAAUCUGAUAACGAGGAUGACAACAAAGGUCGCCGACACCGUGUGGUUCCGAUGAAGCCCCGAUUUCAGUCCGGAAGCUACCCAAGUACGCAUUGGAACAAAAGUUAUAGUGAUACAUCCAAUUCUGAGAGGCAUGACUCGGAGGGAAGUUAUUCACAAAAGGAUUAUAUUGAUGAUGAUUUUAUCGUAGAUGACCUAAACAUGGAUACAUUCGAUGAGAUACCACCUUAUGACGAGAUCCCAUAUGCCUUAAUAAGCUGUGGUGUUUAUGAUGAAAAAAGCAUUCGAAUAGCUCGAAGGAAACAGGUACAGAAGAAGCUGCUACAAAAUUUUCAACGAGACUCAAAUGUCCCUUCCAAUGGUGACAAAAAUGGACAAAUACACGAAGAUGAUCAAGAACUUAAAGACACAGAAAAAGAAAUGGAUGAUUUGAUAAAUGGCUUAAAGGAUAUAGCCGAAGGAAACAAUGAUAAGCCAAAAAAUGCAUUGUUUGAAACUAGACAACAUCAAGAUGCUAAAAUUCAAAAUGAACAAACCCUCUCUCAACCAUCUACUUUUGAGGAAAACGAUAUGUCGAAUCCUGACAUCGGUGACCCGCCAUUCACAACUAGUUCAACAGACUGUUCUAAUUCUUUGAAAAUGUCAGUAACGCGAAACAGUAAGACGAGCACUACAUAUAAACAUACAGGCGAGUAUUUGAAUAAAAAUAAAAUGGAUUUAAUGAACGCGAGUACAACAAUACUAGAAACACAGAAAGAUGUACAAAGACCUCCGUCUCCAAUAAAUGUCAAAUCGUCUGAAGACGAAACAAAUACGAAGGCAACUUGUCUCAGUAGUAGGCAUGAAUCAGAACAAGAGAAACACAUACGUGAAAAGCGCCUUCAAAAGUUUCAGCAAGAUCGAAAGUCUACAUGUGCGGUUAAUCGUAAUACCCCAAAACUAGAUAACAGGGAUCUCGCUCCGAACUCGCAACGUUUGUUAAAGCCAAUUAAAUGUACAGCUUUAAGGCAUAACUUAACAGUCGAAGUUCUAAACAAAGAACAGGAAAAUAAAGAAGCCAUUUAUGAUAAGCAUGAAAACAAAACACAACACGAAAUGCAACGUGAAGUGACACAAAAUAACGUGUCAAUUGAACAUGCUUAUUCAACUUUAAUGGAAACUGCGGACGAGAAGAGUAAAGAAAUAUUAAAUACACAACAUAACACGCCAUCAAAUGAAAGUGAUUCUGAUGAUGACUGUGUCGUUCCUACGGCUAUGCGAGUACUCAAUACAUCAAAACGAAAAGAUGAAGCAUCUAAAUCUAAGCGUGAUCUCACUGACACAUUGUUAGGCACUAUUCUAAGCAUAUCAACAGAAAAUAAAAUCAAACCAGCUUUAAAGGGAAGCGGAGAGCAGAAUGGCCAAAAGCUAGAUAAGGGGGAUAUCGCUCCGAAAGCGCAACCUAUGUCAAAAUCAAUUACAUGUAAAGCUGUUAAGCAUAACUCAUCAGUCGAAGUUCUUAACAAAGAACAGGAAAAUAAAGAAGCCAUUCAUGAUAAGCAUGACAACAAAACACAACCCGAAAUGCCCCGUAAAGUGAAACAAGAGAACGUGUCUACGGAACGUGUUAAUUCAACUAGAACGGUAAAAGCGGACGAAAAGCCCGGAGAAAUUAAAGAAACACAACAUACGUUGUCAUCAAAUGAAAGUGAUUCUGAUGAUGACAGUGUCGUUCUUACGGCUAUGCGGGCACUCAAUACACCCGAUCGAAAUGACAAGGCAUGUAAAUGUAAAUGUGGUUUUGCUGAAAAAUUAUUAGACACCCUUUUAAGCAUAUCAACAGACAAUAAAACCAAACCAGCUUUGAAGGGAAGCAAGAACAAAAACAAAAACAAAACAUCUACCAAAUCAAGCUCUGGUUCUGGCAUAUUGAAAGAUAAAGUAAGCAAGACAUGUAUGAAUGAUGAGGAAAGGCAGACGUUUAUUGACACCAUUGAAUCUACACUUGAGACAAAAGCCGAAACUCUUAAUUCUGCGUUUAAAUAUAUGAGGAUGAAGCAAUCCAAACUUCCAAAAUGCCCAGCAUGUGGAAGUACAGAUUGUAAAGAAAAAAGCGGAGGAGCAGUUCAAGAGCUGGUAGUUGCAGCAAGAAAGGAAGGAUAUGAAGUUCAUGAUGUCAGCCCUGAUGGAAACUGCAUGUUCGCUGCCCUUGUUGACCAGCUAGAGAUGUAUGGCGACACUCGGUUUGAUGCCAGAUCGUUGCGAGAAACAGCAGUUAACUGGCUGAAGGAACACCCCCACCUUAACGACGGGGAAAACACACACUUCCAGUCAUUUAUAGACGAAGACUGGGAUGCAUAUUUGCAACGAAUGAGUAUGGAUGGGGAAUGGGGUGACCAUCUACAGCUUAGAGCUGUGUCAAAUGUUGUAGAGAGUACAAUCAAAGUGUUGAGUAUUCGAAACAGGGAGGUUGUUUGGACGAGUAUAGGCUCAGAUGUAAAUACUCAUUCCAGUGACCGCGUGCUUACCGUCGGCAACGUCAGCGAGCGUCAUUAUGCAAGUCUUUGGCCAUCAGAAAGAAAUCUGGAAUCAGGGAAUUUGGAUAAACCAAUGCAAUUAGAAACACAACUCCCGGAGUGGCUGGAUACUUAUCAAGGAGCAACCGAGAUGGCCAUGUUUGGCAGUGAUUAUGUUGACCCAGUAAGCGGUGUCCCUUCAUGUCACGUGUCAUUCCUUCUAAAUGCAGUAGCCCCACUACGCACUGUUAUAGAUACAUCUACUAUAUAUUCGGCGCAGAUGUUAGAUAAAGCCGAUGGCUUUAUUGAAGCCUUUAAGAAACUGCCAAAGACAUAUCACAACAAACCAGUGGACAUAGAUCCAGUACCAGUUGGCAGUUUUAUGGAAGGCACAUUCAAUCCACCACUUUGCUGGCUUGAAGGAGAGGAGAACGAGAUGCAAAGUUGGCUAAAUUCCAGCAUUUUACUUAAAAUGCAGCUUCCGAAAGAUACCAUUGUUUUGGAAGUUGAAGAAUCACGCUGCCAUUUUGGAUAUACAAGAAUUAUGAAAAACAGUAUAACUCUUUAUGGGGAUAUGGCAUCCUUCGUCUAUAUUUCACAUAGUGAAAAAGGUCCUUUCAAUUUUCCGAUCCCGUUCACGCAUUUCAAACCCAGAGUAAGCGGUUUAGUUACAAUGGUACCGAUGCACUGCUACUCCAUUUCGAAAUGGCCAGAUCAAGCUCGGGAAUGGCUUGUAAGAAAGCGAUACCAAAACUGGCCCCCACAACACAUAAGAUCUGAAAUUGAAUUAAAGGGCUGUGUUCUGGUAUCUUCGUGUCACCCAGAGAGUGACAAUUCAACUUCUGAAUGGAAGUACUCAUUUGCAGAAGCAGAGACGAUCUUGUUCAAAGAGGCACUUUCUGAACAUCAGAGGUAUUGUUACCUGAUAUUUCGAUACUUUUGUAUGCAGAAUUUAAGUGAAGUCAAACCAUUCAACAUUGACAUUCCGAACAGCAUAUUUUUCUUCAGUUGUGAAAGAAUUCCCUGUGAUAUUUGGGAAACGUCUAUCGCUGGUUGCCUUUUGUUCAUGAUAAACGAACUCAAAAGUGGUAUAAGGAAAAAGGGAAUACCAAAUUAUUUUAUUGCGAAGAACAAUAUGAUAGAUCAUUUCAGUGCGGAGGAAAUAAAUCUAGUCGAAGAAAGUCUUUGUCAGUUUCUACUUCAGCCAUUACUGCAUAUUCGUCGACUUAAUAAGAGUAUGGAGGAACUCACAGAUUGUUUAAAUGUGUUUGAAAAGGUUAGCGACGAUUUGCAACAAUUUUCAAGCGUGAAAUCGUCGACACUACAGGUAUUUAUACCAUGCCAGAUUGAAAUUGCUCAGUACUUCAUUAGACACUUUUAUUACGAGAGAGGUCUUGAAAAAAUGAAUGAAGCUUUCCAAGAGCGAUUGACAGUGAAUACAUGUGAUGACAGCAUGCCAUUCCAAGUGUUCCUGCAAGCUGCAUUUAGCGGACUCAACUUUGCUGCAACAGUUUGGUUUGCCUUAUACGCUGAUAAAAUUCUUCAAGGUCAACUUUCCAAAACAUUGAUGAGGGAAGUUUGCUCCGAUCUACACCUACUGCGAAUAGAUGAAGUACUGCCCAAGGACGUAGCAGGCACUUACGCUGAGUCAGAGGUGCCGAUGUCCUUUACGUUAGCGUUCGAUUCAUUUUGUCACGAUUACGCAGCCUUCCUUGCGUUUGUUGGGAAGAAAACAGAAGCGCUUCCGGUUCUCGAGUUUUGCGCAAAGAAGCACAGGCAAUAUCAAAGCCACCUGAAGGAAAUGAUUAAAACUGGGAAAGACAUUGAAAGUUGUGCAUUUAAGGAUGAGAACAUGUUCUGUGUAUACGCAGCGAUUUUUGCACUAUAUAUCAAGAAAAACGAGAAUGAGAAAUUCUGUGAAUAUUCGGACGAAGCAAGUGAACUUGUUACACGGAUGAAAAGGGGCUACGCUUUUGUGUGGCUCAAUAUGGUGUUUGCUGUUCUUUACGGCGAGGCAGGUUUGAAAAGACUAGCGGAUCAACCUAAAAACUCCACUACUUCUGAUAUAAAAAAAACUGCGAAUUUUAUGUAUUGGCCUGUCCGCUAUCUGAUGUCCUAGAAUGUGAGGGGUAUAAACAUGGCAUUUGAACCGGUCCAGUCGUUUUCUGAAAUCAAGUAUAAAAAAUAAAAUUUACUAUCAAAAUUAUUAUUUGGUAUUAAUAUGUUAGAUAAAUUGGUUAAAAUUAGAUUAACUUUUUUAAAAUCAAAGUUAAUUAAGUUAAAUAUACUCAAAGAAAUUAAGUUUACUUCAAAUUUGAUAACAAAUGAUUUUUCAAUUUAAAUAAUAUAGUAAUGAUAUAUUAUAUUAAAAAUACUCUGCAUGAAUAUAAAUGCUCUAUGUGUGUGCGUGCUGUAUUUAUCAUCAUUUGAUAUCAUUCACUUGCUUGAUUAUAAGAAUACGCUUUGUUAGCGUUAUUGUCACAAUGUUUGCAUACAUGUUUUUAUUAUCAUAUUUGCAUGAGUGAAAUUCACGCCCGGCAAUCAUUGGAGCCACAAUAUUUGCUAUGCGUUAAAAAAUGCGUACGGAACUUCUUUGUUGUAAUGCCAAUGAGUAGAAAAUGUAUGAUAACGGUUAGUUUGGUCUCUUAAUUUUUGAUCAGAGGUUGAAACGAGUUAAAUUUAUAAAAAUCUGGGAAUGCAGUUUCUCAUGAAAUGGACUAUGUCUUCUGCUAAAUCCAAAAGUUGUGAUGAAAUAUCAAAACAAAUAACUUGCUAGGAAACUAUAGAUUUUCAUGAAAAGUGUUAUCGUUCCGUAGCUUUUAGCAAACCCCUAAUAUAUUUCUAGCUUUUUAUUGACAAAAGUUUGCCUCGUUACAAAAUUUAAAAGUGAAUAUGUUAUACUUGCUGCGCAAGGUUAGAUUUGGUGAAUGUUGUGUUGCCGGUGAAAGGUGGUUGUGCCAAUGAUCCGUUAUGAUGCUCAUGCAUUGUUUUUAGAUCUUUAGUUAAAUAUAUUUUAAAACCAAUUAAUACACGUCUAUUUUAUACUAUGUAUUUAUUUGGUGUGCAUUAAAAUUCACAAAUACCACAAAAAUCUAAGUUCAUAUACAUGUGCUAAUCCCAGAGAACAUUUUAAUAAGGAACAAACGAAUGUUGUAGCUCCAAGGACUGCCGGCCGUAGCAUUGAUCUGUUAUCCGGAGCGGGAUAUGGUAUUGGAGUUAUACUAUUAACUGGUAUAUAUGUAUUUUGUAAAGCACAAUUAUAUGCCUUUUGCGAGCUACAUGAUAAAAUUAUAUGUACAAUUUACAUGUUUACAAUGUCACUAGAAAAGAAUGUCGACAGCGAGUUAUGUAUGAAAAAAAGAACAUUUACUUACAAUUUAAAAGAGAAUUUUCACAAACCUCUUUUACCUGAAAUGCAAUUUUUUAACAAUUACCUGUAGCUAAUUGAACCAGUUCACGUACAUGUCUACGAUUUUUCCGGAUAUUUAUUGUUUUUUUAGUUAACCGAUUUCUGGAAAUAAGAAUGUUUAUAUUUUUAAAGAUUGAAAUAGCCAAUUCAAUUAGUGGCAACAAAUUUACUCAGUUCAAUGAGAUUCACAAGGGUAUGCACAAUGUAAAAAUACAUACAUUGAUUCUGUGAUUGAACUUGAAUACCGGCAUUUUGCAUGCUUAUAAAUCCAUGACCCAUUCCAUUUUUUCACUUCAUCUGUUUUUUAAUUGAAUAAAUUCAAAUAAAUAUUAAGCAAGAUGU